CGCGAAACUGACAGAUAGGGAAGUGAGUUGACAUCGUCAUAUUUCACAACAGCAAGAAGAUGGGAAUAGCCAGUUCGGCGCAAGCAAAAUGAAAAAUACCAUGAAAAUUAAAUGAACACUGCAUCGCUAAGGGAUGCACAAUGUUUUCUCUUGCCGCUUCGUCUUGCUCGACGUCGACCCAAGACCUUUGAAACAACCCAGCGAGUCUUGACUUGCCAGAACGUUUUUGAGAAGUAACACAGCUAGCCAUGGGGACCACACUCAGUGAGCCGUGCAUUUAUGACAAAUUGUCAGAAAGUAUUGAUAUCCUGCGCCAGUCCGGUUAUCGGUACGGCAUGUCGGAGAGUGAGAUUGAGAAGUUUAUCAAGCAAGUCCUGGAAACGAACGAACCCAGGAGAGACCCACCCCAGUUUCCCAUCCUAAGAGCCACUGUUAAGUUUGUGGUGGUGGUGGUCCUGGUUGUGGGGGUGGUCCUGGCCUUCUCCUACCCCCAGAGUCCCCCCCAGCUGGGGCUCAUCAACAUGGGGGGCCACAACUGGUCCUCCCCCCUCAGUCACGUCCGCCUGCUGGCUCUGCCCAUCGCCAAGAAGUACAACUUGCAAGGGUUCCAUGAGUGGUGGAGUGCGGGGGCUGUGAGGCAGGGCCUGGUGAACUGUUCGGGCUGUGCGGAGGUGUCCUCGGUGCUGGAGGUCCCAGACACCCUGAGAGAGUCUGGAGCCCUGCGCCGCGGGCCCCAGCCGGUCCUGCUCAAGGGAGGAGAGACACUGCUGGUGCAGAGGCAGCAGUUGGAGGAGCUGUACUCAGCCCACUCCAGCUCCAUGUCCAUCCUGCUGGAGGAGGACAGCCUGCUGCCGCAGGACCAAGGCUUCCCCCAGGGCCCGGCCAACUUCACCCUGCUCUGGUACAGCUUAGGGCCCGGCCAGCAGUGUUCAGUAGGGUUCAGCUGUAUGAGAAGGAGGUUUCAUUCUGGAGCCAGGGAGAAGGUGUUGAGGUGGCUCUUCCCCAAGGCAGAGCUCUGCCCCCUUCUGGACAGCGCUGGAACUACACUGCAGCGAUGCCUGGUCACUCACAGCGCUAAUUCUCAGAGCAGGGGAGUCAGAGUUCUUGGCUGGCUGGUGGUAGGAGAAGGCUUGCCCACUGUCAGAGUGCUCCCCGUGCAUCGCUGUCAGAAACACUGCAGCUCCUUCAACCUCUGGCUGGGCCCUGGAGAUAUGGUGUAUGCCGACCCCCGCUACUGGCAGAUGGAGCUGUUCCCCGGGAGAGGCCAGAACAUCGUCUGUGACGGCUCUGCCUUCUGAGGGAGGAGGGGACGCCCCUGACAACCACAGAAGAAGAGAGGGAGAAGAGGGAGACAGAACCUGUCCUCAAAAUCCCUUCUUUCUUUCCAGAAGCCCACAACUCUCUCAGUGGCAUCUGAUAUGAACGACUUGCUCUGGAGACACAGGCUGAUUGGAGCUUUUGCCGAUACGUCCAGGGCUCGUCCCGCCCCCCUAGAGGCCUGGAUGCAGAACCUGCCCACUCACUCGGAACACGAGCCAGCGCUCACGCUCGCUGGAUCAACGUUCUCCUAAUAAAGGCUGCUUGCAGAAACGCCAUCAACCCCUCUAUACCGAGUUAGCCCUAACUAGUUAGUUAAAUCCUCCUUUCUACACCAGUGUCUUCUCAAACGUUCUCCCCAGCAACAUCCACUACACUCAUCACUACUUCCACUCCUAUGUCCACUCAAGCCAUUCACUAACUGCGUCAUCAUACCAAACUAAGGCCACAGAUCCUGGACGCUGGCUUGUCCUUUGCAGAUCCAAAAUAACAGGUGUGGUACUUGGAGGCGGUAACCUGGCCAGCCUCAUCAGACGAGGGUUCCUAAGAGGAGAGCUGCUGGGAGGGAAAUGCUUUCAGACAAAUCGUCCUGUCUGUCAGAAUGUUAGACCUUUUGUCAGUUAGGGUUUCAAGGUGUCAUAUCGUACUGGAAUCUAAUAGAAUUACAGGGGACGUUCCAGAAUGGAAUGUUUGCUUUUGUUCAUGUUUUUGUAUUUAUUUUCCUGAAACGUACAUUUUUUAAGUUUUCACAGUGAGGGAUGUGUGACAAGCAUGAUUGUGAUCAUUCUGGCAUUGGCAAAUCAUUUUUAUCAUUUGUAAAAUGUUCAGUUCAGGUGUAAUUACUUACAAGCAGUGUAUGUAUUUAGCAGAGGUGGCUGCCAUCCACAUUUUUAUUCAUUUUUUUAUUCAAAUACUUUUUUGGGUGAUUUUCUGAUUCUUGUCCCUUCUACAGUGAAAGCACUUUAUCUUGUAUUGGUUAACUGAUUGAUUGCCCUUGUUGAAUAUGUUGCACGGUAUUUCAAGAUGUCACACAUUGUCAAGUCCUUUGAAUGGGUCAGCCAUUUUCUUUCUCUUUCACACACCACUUAGGCAUUGUUAAUGCAGUCUUAACACUUAUCUCUUAAGUUACCAUGUUACAAAUGUUCAGGUUAUAACAUGAACUACCAUACCCUCACCUUUACACAGACAUUAUCGCAUAACUUUUUAGGCAAUGUCUCGUUAUAAUCCAAAUAUUGACAGUUUAGGCUGGAUUUUGACAAGGGCCUUAUGUUUUUCAGUACUGCUUUUUAUUAUCUGUUGUGAGAGUCAAGUGGAUGGGAGUGCACCAGGGUGGAUGCCAGCGAUGCAGAGGAGCCAGGGUGGAUGCCAGCGAUGCAGAGGAGCCAGGGUGGAGGAGCCCUGGUGGGGAUGCAUCAACUUUCCACUGGGCUUAAGUGAACCCGGUUCUUCAGUUUGACACUUUCAUGGAGGGCGUUCUUGGUGUUGGCUGAUGUCAGUGCUGGGAUUGGCCCUGUGUUCUCAAAAAGGACUGCCAAAAAAAAGUCCUUUAUUACGGUUGGUUCCAGUGUCUUCUGUCUAACCCUGAGGCCUUUUGGAAUGUUUUUUUACGUUAUUUUUGCUGCUCAGAUAUUAGUUUGGUUCAAGGCUCCCCUGUAUCAGUUGAUUACUGAAGGUUUCGACGUUCUGCCUUGAAUCCAAACUUGCCUUUUCUUCGUAAGCCUUAAUGCGAUUACAUUGGUUUUUACCUGCUUUCAAUCUUUCUUUUUUUAAUUCAAACUUGUCGUUUAUUUUAGCCUUGAGCAUCCUUCAAGUUAAACAAAGAACAGGGACAUGCACAGAAAGUUAAACAUUUUAUCUUUCAAACUAGGAUGUCAAAUGUUUCAGUCACGAAAAGAUACUUAAGAUACUAUAUUUUUUUGUUGAUUGGGCCACUUUAGUUUACGAAUCCUUUAAAAUCUAGAUACUUAAUGUUACUAAUUGUUUUUUGUUCGUUUUUUUUAUCCAGUAUCAAACGUGCAAUGAAGAUGUAUAAAAUGUGAUUUUGAUGUAACUAGUUUCGUCAGGCGCAGAAUGUUUGGAUAAUGUUUCUAAAUAAAACGUUCUACCCCCGUG